GCUGCUGUAGAGCACCCUGGCUGUGUUGUUUUGGGAACGAGCAAUCGGGCGCGCGCUGUUGACGGGGUACUUGAGCUGCAGGUUUGCGAUCUCUCACCACGGACCUUGUCUUGUCUGCCAGAGAAAGUCAACAACAAAUGAAUCGUUGAGGGAAGAGGAAAACAGGGCAAAAAAUCUGCAGCUAGCGGGCGGGGGACCCAGGACCGAGUUUGGGGAAACCCUGACAUAAGUGAGGAAGAGGAUGGUGAGCAGCCAGCCGAAGUAUGAGCUGAUCCAGGAGGUAGGGCGUGGCAGCUACGGCGUGGUGUACGAGGCGCUGGUGAAACGCACCGGGGCCCGGAUGGCCGUGAAGAAGAUCCGCUGCCACAGCCCAGAGAAUGUAGAGCUGGCCCUCAGGGAAUUCUGGGCCCUGAGCAGUAUCCAGAGCCAGCACCCCAACGUCAUUCACCUGGAGGAGUGUGUCCUGCAGAGAGAUGACCUGGCUCAGAGGAUGAGCCAUGGGUCCAGUUCCCCACUGUACCUAGAGCUGGUGGAGACAUCUCUGAAGGGAGAGAUAACCUUUGACCCGUGCUGUGCCUACUAUCUGUGGUUCGUCAUGGACUUCUGUGACGGAGGAGAUAUGAACGCUUACUUGCUGUCCCGUAAACCCAGCCGCAAGACCAACACCAGCUUCAUGCUGCAGUUAGGAAGUGCCCUGGCCUUCCUGCACCGAAACCAGAUCAUCCACCGAGAUCUGAAGCCUGACAACAUCCUCAUCUCCCAGGGAAGGACCUUUGCGGGAACCCCCGAGCCCACACUGAAGGUGGCAGACUUCGGGCUGUCAAAGGUCUGCUCCACGUCGGGCCUCAACCCUGAGGAACCAGCCUCCGUCAACAAGUGUUUCCUCUCCACAGCGUGCGGCACGGACUUCUACAUGGCUCCAGAGGUGUGGGAGGGCCACUACACGGCUAAAGCAGACAUCUUUGCCCUGGGUAUCAUCAUCUGGGCCAUGGUGGAGCGGAUCACGUUCGUUGAUGUGGAGACCCAGAAGGAGCUCCUGGGAAGCUACGUGCAGCAGGGGGAGGAGAUCGUGCCCCUCGGGGAGGCGCUCCUGGAGAACCCCAAGAUGGAGCUGCUGAUCCCGGCCAGGAUGAAGAGCAUGAACGCGGGCAUGAAACAGCUGAUCCGGGAGAUGCUGUCGUUCAACCCUCAGGAGAGACCUGACGCCUUUGAACUGGAGCUCCGACUGGUCAGGAUUGCCUGCAGAGAGCUCGACUGGGACACGUGAUAAUUGAUGUGGAUAGGAGGAGAGCGGACCAUGGGACUUGUAGUCACAACAUCAAGCACUUGUAUCUAGUCCUAAUUCACCACUGUUAGCUCUGGUGGUCGAGGCCACACAAUGGGAGUUUGUUUUUCUUGUAAGGGAACAAUUCAAACGUCAGAUUUUGGCUUUGCAGUUGGAUAUUGGUUUAGAUGUAGGACUACUGGUAAACCUAGCUCAACGGGUUGAUAGCCAGGCUGUAAUUUUUUUUUGUUUUGAAUGUUAACAGAGCAAGGCUGUCCAUAAGCACAUUCAGCUGUUUGUCUCUCAGAAGGAGAGGUGUUUGCUAGCCACCCCAGUGGUUUAGGCUAACCUGUUAACUUUAACUCUCUUCAGUUGUUUGCCUACAAAUUUCACCCCAGUCUCGGUGCUAAUAAUCGUACUUCGGAUGCAAUUUAUGAAACAGGGAGACCGCAUCCCGUGUAGAUAUGAUGCAAUUAAAUUCCAAUUUAGACACGCCUCAGUGAUCGUAAACUGUGCACGGCUGGUUUUACCAGUAUUCUGUGACCAAACCCUGCUCCUCCCCAUCAACACACACACACACACACACUUCCCACUGCUCAGGUAAAAUCGAAGAUAUACUGUUGGUUGGGAUUUGUAGACAACCAGCUGUUUGAAGAGACAUAUCACACAGGACAGUAUUCUGAGCUGGCCCUGAGCCAACUAUGGGAUCAGGCUAAGUCUUGGUAUGCCAGCCCAGCCCAGACAUAAUCUAGCAUAACCCCCAGCCCAGACAUAACCUAGCAUAACCCCCAGCCCAGACAUAACCUAGCAUAACCCCCAGCCCAGACAUAACCUAGCAUAACCCCCAGCCCAGACAUAACCUAGCAUAACCUCAGUCAGCCAUUGUCAUAAUUGUCCUGGAAUGUGUCAUGAUUGCCCCAUAAUGAAAAUAAUUUUGAGGAAUGGAGUGUUUGGAAUGUAAUUAACUUGAGUCACCAUAAUUUAAAGUCCAGAGAUAGCAAGCUGCUUAUUCAAAACACAUAAAGGAAUGUGUUGUGGCCCCAAACAAACAUUGAUGUAUUUAACUGAAGAGCCAAUGUUCUGCUUGUAUUAUUAAAAUAUAGUGCUUUAAUUUAGACUUGAAUUCUCACAACUGAAGGCCAAUGGAGUUCCAAAUGAAACCUGUGUGAACGGAAUGGUUAGGGGUAUGACUUCACUGGCAAUCACUUGAUGAAAAAAUGCACUUUUAUUUAGUUAUUUUCCUUUUCAUAACUUACCAUGCUAUUAUCUAUCACCUUGAGAAACAGUGUUUACUUGGGGCCUGGGAAGAUAUAUUGUCAAACAGCAAACAAGAAGUCUCUUACACACACACACCGGUAUAUUGUCAGCACACAGAACGUCUACUUAUGCAUGCAAUGCCUCUCCCCUUCAGAGAGGAGAUGGAGGCAGCACAGCACACAGUUGUCCCUGAGCCCAGAGGAUCUAUUUAAAAAAUACAAUUUUGUGUUUUAACCUGAUCUCCUCUCACUGUCAGUUUUCACCUCGGUUUCCCCAGAACAGACACACACCUCUGGGUCCCGCUGGAUUUAACGGUAAUCCCUUUCUCCACGUUUCCUUCCGACAGACUCCUACUAAGCCUAUUACGUUUGGUGUAGGUGGCAGAGGUAAAGGAAGGCACGCUCUGGGGACCCAGGCCUAUUGCCUUGCAGGUCAUAAUUUGUGCGCUUCUAACAGUUGUGAAAAUGAAAACGUUAUCAAUAUCUGAAAAAAUGUAGUUUUAGUGUGUCAUUCAAACAGUGGCAUAAGUUUUAAAAUAUAUUUCAUACGAGCAGACUGUCGCCAACAUGAACCUGCAUUAUUGCCUUUUUUAAAUGUCUUCCAUUGACAAAAUCCUCUUGUCUUUCAUGAUAUUAACAUACUUUAUGCCUUAUUUUAAUAUCUCCACACACUAGCACCUAGCACUACAUUGUGUGAUUGUUGUGGUGGCCAGGCACAUUUUGUUCAGAGUUUUGGCUAUUGGGUUUUUAUCUCUGCUGUUUUACCCCUUCAAUAUUAGCACUGAUUGCCCCUUUAAUAAAAUGGCUAAAGCACAA